ACAUCGCAUGACCUCAAGUUCUCCUCACGGAACUACAAUUGAAAUUUUCCUAUGCUAUUGACCAGGUAGAAACCAGAUCUCAUACUGGAAACUGCAAGCCUGCAAUACGAAAUAUCCACCAUGUCCGCACCGUCCGCGCCAUCGGGGAACCCGCAGAACCCCCUCUCGCAGGACCAGACCGGCCAACAGCAGGCUCAUCAGCAACAACAACAACAGCAGCAGCAGCAGCAGAAUGUGGGUCUCUGGACCGGUCACGCGGAGUGGAUCAAGGGCGCAGCUGAGAGCACCAUCGGCAGCAUCAUAGGCGCCGAGUCGUGGAAGACCGCGGGCGAGCAGGAGAAGGCCCGCGCGCGUGAGUGCAUGCAGGCGGCGGCCCAGCAGCGCGACCCGACCAAGGCCGGGUACGGCCGGGCCGAGGAGAUUGCCGGCAAGCUGACGGGCUGCGAGGGCAUGAAGCACGAGGGUGCGGCGAGCAAGACCGCCGGUGCGAAUAAGAGGCGGGAUUGAUAUCUGUCUUUAUCUACGGUACUUGUUAAUGUUAAGGCUCCAAGGUUGAGUGAGGUGUGUAUGCGUGAAGGAUCAUGCGAAAAGGAGUAGCUGAGAUUGAUAAUCAACUAUAAGGGUUCCUAGGAGGGAAGGACGGUGUAUAUCUACAACUUGAGUGGAAUAUGCACUUCCGCUUCCCUUACUGCGUACUUCAUGGUUAACUCUCAACCCCCCUCGUGGUUGGAGGAGGGAAACAUUAUAGUGACCC